AGUGGUAACAUUAUUGUUCUUAAGGAACUAUAUUGUUGUGUGUUGGAAGAUAGUCGUCAGCUACCACGGAUGUUAUCGGUAUUAGAACGAAUGAGUAACAUACGACAGCUGCGUGAGAAUGCGAUGAGGACAUUGAAUCGUCAUCCAUCGGUGGUUCUUGACUGUGGUGUUUAUUGUGCUAACGCACCUGCACCGAACACUGUGCUCCCGUUCGAUACAUGUAAUCAAGUGAUUUGUCUUUCGGAUACGAGUUUUAUCACGAUGAACAUUCGACUCGAUAAGACUGCUGCAGAGAUCUGUGAUUUAGCCAAGGUGAAAGUGCGUUACGGAGGACCGAAUGAACAUUUCAAACUGGUUGAAGUUAAGAGCAAUGGAGAACGUGUUGUAUUUUCACCAACUGAUGUAAGUGUCCCAACAAUGCUCUCACUGAAUGGUCGACUAUACAUUGCUUAUGCGGAUGAAAUUGACUCAUUGAGUCCGUUGUUGCAACAAGACGGUCCAGUUGAAAGUGUACAUUCGUCAAUGAUCGAAUUGCUGAGCAGUGCUGAUAUUGCACAACAGCUAUCAAUUUUCCACAUGCAGUUGUUUGAGGCGACCGAUGAAAUAGAACUCAUCACUCAGGUGUUUGGUCGAGACCAAUUCCCCGGUCGAAUCCCUUCUAAUCUUGAUCUGUUAAUGCGACGAUUCAAUGAGGUACAAUUUUGGACAACCACCGAGGUUUUGCUGGCGCAUGGAGCAUCGAAACGAGUCGCUAUGCUAAAGAAAUUCAUCAAAAUUGCUGCACAGUUAGUGAUGAAGCUGAAUUUUGUUAUGUGA